CCCCACUUUUCUUCCAUCUUCCCUACCCAACACCCAACGAUAAUCCCAUCGAUCUCUGCUCUGAACACCCAACGAUAAUCCCAUCGAUCUCUGCACUGAUAUAUCUUCCUCGAUCUCCCUCCUCUCUCUAAUGGGAAACGCAGUUUCUCCAUGUUUCCAUCGAAACCCUAACUCGUCCGUGAAGCUAAUCUUCUGGGAAGGAACCACAAGAACCCUCACCGGAAAACAUAUUGCCGGGGAGAUCAUGUUCGAGUGCCCGGACAAAAUGGUCUGCCAUGCCGACUCCUUCUUCAUCGGCCACCCGGUCCCCGCCUUAGGCAUCGACGAUCGGCUCUUGGGGGGCCAAACCUACUUUGUUCUUCCCAUUGAUCGCUUUGCAUGCCACGUCCUCUCCACCUCUUCUCUUGCCGCCUUGGGGUCGAGCCCCAAAAAUGCACCCAUCAGUUUUGGCGACUGCCCGUUUCAGUACAUAAAGGGUUCGAACGGAAGAGUUUUAAUUAAGGUUGUCCCGGAGUUCAUCACAAGGCUUGUGACAAAAGGUAAGGAAAAUAUUGGAUCUACUAGCCCGACCAGUAGUAUUCUUUGCAGCACGCCGGAGUUGCAAAAACACUAUGAACAGCUUGUCGGAUCUAAAGAGCAAGUAUGGUCGCCUAAGCUUGAAACCAUUUCGGAGUAUAAGGUCAGGUUCUCACCUUGCAGAUUUGUAGGGUUAGAGUGGAAACAGAAAGAGAAGUAACGGUAAUUUUAUAUGUUAUGCCGUUAUGGUGUCUUUAGAGAGACGAAGAAGAUAUAUAGAUUUGUAUAAAACAUAGUGACAGAUUUAAUUUCUUAAUUGCUUUGCUAAAGAAAUUGUACAAUUUUUUUUCAUGGUUAUUGUUGAGAUGUUAAUUCCUUUGGUCAGCAUGUUUUCUGAAAUGAAUUUUGAUUUCUUUACCAUAUAA